CCUCGACGUCAGAGGCAUGCGACGGAAGUUUGUCACCCUAGAAAGCACCGUUGUUUUUAUUUCCUCUGCUGACUGACCAAACAGCAAGCGGUCGGGACAUUAUGGGUCGUGGCUACAUAGUAGACGACACUGUAGAGGUUUAUCUGUCUAAACUAUGUGAACAGCGUGCAUGUCCAGUCACCGGACUGCUUAUUGGACAGAGCUCUGCCCAAAGGGAUUUUGUCAUCAUGGCGACCCGGACACCUCAACGUGAGGAGUCAACUGCAGCAUCUAGAAACUGUCUGGACAAGGAGUGGGUGACUGAGCAUGCUCGACAGGUGUCCAGAAUGUUGCCUGGAGGAUUGUCUGUUUUAGGAGUCUUCAUCAUUGAUGAUAGCGAUGCCAAGGACACACUCAUGACGCUUCAACAGCUGGUUUUUGCAGUGGAGAAUCUGAUCUCCUCUGAGUAUCUGUGGUCUCCUGCAGACGAUGACGUCACAGACCGUAUCACACUGCACAUCAACCCUAAAACCAGGAAAACUGUCUGCAGAACCUUAGACAUCAAAGAUCCAAAGAGUCCGGCCAAGCCUGCAGACUGGAGGUACCAGUCAGCUGUGUGUUCCUCCUGGUGCACGGUGUCCUGCUGUUUAAACGUUGACAUGUUGGUCCCUCUACCAGACGAUAGAACGACUUCAGUGAGCAUGAUGAAACAUCUAAAGGAGGGACUGAAGCUGUGGGUCCACCACAUCGAGACUGGAGACUGUUUGAUAGGCGGACGGAAGCUGCCAGAGGACAGUGAGCUCACAACCGGACAGAAGAGGAAUGUUGCUCAGACAUUCACGGCUCAGCUGCUUGUCACACCGGACGAGAGGUUCACAGACGAGAUGCAGUCAUGUGGAGGUAGUCUGUCUGUCAGAGGAGCCGUUCACAGCACAGCUUACAUACACAACAACAAACCAAAGGCUAAACUUGCUGAAAAGCUGCUGAAGAGGGAUGUGGUUUCUACGGUGGCCACAAGGGUUCAGAUGCUGCUGGAGGAGCUGCUUAUAUCAGAGGAGGAGAGCAGAGGAGGUGGCAAAAAGGAAACGGAGCGGUUCUGCCUGCCUUGUCGUAUCUACUGUCCAGUCAGCAGGCCUGUGAGUGUGUCUGACUAUUGGUUCAGUGAUGAGGGUUUGUCUGAAGUGACAGACAGGCUGAAGGAGAUGCUGGACAUCGACGUGGCUGAGGGAGACUUAGAUACCAGGCAGGAAACGCCUGCUCAAUUCAUAGAAGGAGUUGUUGCAGAAGAGCCAGCUCUGGAAACUGUGGAUGAACUGAAGCCCAAAAGGAGCAGUUUCAUUGGAAUCGUCAUGGCUACUGCUGUCGCCCUUCUCGCUUCUGCUGCCUCGAUGCUCUAUCUCAGUGAUGUUUGACACACAUAUACACACACUGAAUAAAGUUUCUACAAAAUGUC